GGAUAUGAUAUGCAUCUCUAACAAUCUCAACUGCAUAUUGGCCCUAAACUGCUGAUAUCGCUUCUUGUCGUGCUUUUUGGUUGCAUAUAUACUUACGUCAGUCUGUUGCCUCGAGUCCUUGAUUUAGGGGCCGUUUGCUGGUCAAUCUUAUAUACGUAGCAUCUUGCUUGUUUAUUUAGCGAUUCACAAUGGCAACGAGGGUUCCUCCAACGAUACCUCCUCGGCCGAGUCGUUCGCCAAAUACCCUAUCUCCGCCCAACGCAGAUAUUCCGAAGAUUCCACCCCGCCCAGCAAAACGCCGGACCGACCAAUCCACCUCUCCAAAGCCCGAUAGAUUUGCGCCUUCACCACUAAACGCUCUACCCGGAGAGGCUACCGCUUCAAACGAUGACCGCCCUUCUCGACCCCCCAGUGUCGCAGCGCUUCCGUCGAUUGGACAAGAAGGGAUCGAAUAUGAAGGCGCAGAGUACCAGAGCAUGCAAGGAGGUGAAGAUGAUGACCAGAUACAGCAACCAGUAGAGACCAGGAGUGUUAACCGGGAUCUAUACCUCCAUGCGCCGAGGCCAUCUUUACCAGAUACUAGUGCCAAGGCUCAGGUGGAAGUUGUCACCAGAACGGAUUCACGACAAGCUGCAGCUGCAGGCUUCGGAAAAGCGGUUUCACCCAGUGACGAAGAAGUGAAGUAUCUCGGUUCCCAGCGCGAACCGUCCGCUGAGCAACGCAAAUCCUUACAUCCAGGAGAUGAACAUGGUAUUUCUGAAAUUGGUCAACGGGUUCCCAUGAUACCGAAUGCUGGUUAUGUACAAGCGCCGAGCCCUGCACCUUUAGGCGCGAAUAAUGAGCCAUUAAGUAGCGAGAGCUCCGUUUCUCAGCGACAAGGGCGACCGCACGCCCGAAAUAGAAGUGGGUUGGAGUGGCUUCCACCUAGUAGUUACGGGCUUCACGGCCACGGAGUUCAUAUGAACGAUAAGUUUGAAAAGGCUUGUGAAGAUUUAAAUAAGAUAGUCAAGUUGUCCGCACAAAAAACUAUUGACUCUUCUGCAGAGAUUAUAUGCACACCAGAGGAGGAGAUUGGCUAUAUAGCUACUGAAGAACUUGCUUCACGCUUUAAAUUGCCGUCACGUGGAUCACCAUUGGGCAAAAAUGUUGCCCAAGGUCUAGAACCGGCUCCUGAAUCGCUACGGAAAAACUCUACCGCCCAAGAAGACGAUCACGGCGAAGAGGAGGUCAAAAUCCAUAUAGAUGAACCAAUCCACCACCAGCACCACCCGGAUGGGUUUAUGCCUGCAUCAGACAACCAUAAGCCACAUGGCGGCGAUUCAUUGGAGGAAAAUGGGGAAGAAUCACCGAUACUUGCUGAAGAUGAAGUCGAUGAACGUGCUGAACAUUUGCAACCAGCAGUCUCCCCAACUCAAGUUUCUCAUAUUAUAAAUUCACCCGAGCGCAAGACCCAUACUCGGUCUCCUAGUGUUGGUAGCAACCGAGUACCGAUCAAACCGCUUGCUAGCCCAACCUUGUCGUCAUAUAACUCACGGACGGGAGAAGGUGAAGAUAUGAGACAACCCCUGGAGGAUGUCGAAGAGUAUGAGCCACUCUUCCCCGACGAUGGUAAGAACAAGAAGCCUUUACCGGCGGAGGAGCAACUCAAGAAAGAGCCGGAGUAUCACCGACAUAAAUUUCCGAGCCAGGACAUAUGGGAAGAUGCUCCAGAUAGCUUACAAUUGCAAACAACGGUCUCGAUGGCAGAAAGCCCGAAAGAUGAGAAUAAAUCCCCCGUCGAAAUUCCCGAGGAAGAAAUGGCAAAGCUUCGGCAGGGCAUACAAAGGAAGCCAAGUUCAGCGUCAACAGGAUCUUCAGGCCCGUCAGAUGAUGUGCCAGCAAGAGCUGGUGUUAAACAGCGCUUCCCAAGCAAAGACAUCUGGGAGGAAGCGCCGGAAAGCCAACAACUGGAAGCCACUGUGCAGAUUGCAGAACAGCAAAACGAAGCGAUUCCAGCAGAAAAUGCGGAGAAAGCGUCGCCUCCAGGAAUCCCCGUUCGUCCAUCCAAGAGACCGCAACGGAUUUCGCCGGAGCGUCAAUCUCCACCCGUCCAAGCGGAAUCUACUCUGCCGCCAACCGAUGCCAAGAAGCCCCCCGCCAUUCCCGAGCGUCCUAAGCCUCAGAUUCCGCCAAGACCCCCCAGACCCCUUCAACGAACUUCGGGGGAUAGCUCGUCCAAAGUAAAGUCGAGCACGUCUAACGACACGGCCUCUCCGCCUAUCGUGAAACCCAAACCACCGAUUCCAUCGCGUCCUCUUGGGUCUAAAAUUGCAGCGUUAAAGGCUGGGUUUCUAUCGGAUUUGGAUAAUCGUCUGAAGCUUGGACCGCAGGCACCCAAACCACAGGAGAAGAAUGAAGAGGAGAAACCGCAGGCCCCGAAGGGACCGUUGAGCGAUGCGCGUAAGGGCAGGGCAAGGGGUCCUGCGAGAAGAAAGCCUGCGGUUUCUUCUCCCCCAGAGGAUACGACGAAGGUCGAAGCGACCCGAGCUCCCCAAAUGACACUGGUCGAGCCAUGGAGCCUUUGGUCUAUGCGACCCGACGGGGCGUUAAUGUUGUGUCAAGAGAACGAAAAGCCAGAGAGUAUUUCCAAGACAGGACCGUCUCCAGAUCGGUCCAAGGAAGCUUUACCGCCGGAGCAACUGAAGGUCGAAGAGUCAGUUAUCUUGAGGAGCCCUGAACCAGAAUCCCAGAUAACAGAGAACCAAAAGUUGGUGGAAGAACAAAAAUCGCCAACAUCAAUGGAUAAUCCCGAGCCCGACCUUUCUGUGCAAGAGCACAUCGAAUUUCAAUCACCUUUGCAUCCCACUUCAGAACAGACGUCCCCGGAAACUAGCACGGGGCCUCCUUUUGAGCCGUCUUCAAUUGAUCCAGCUUCAGAGACGGACCUAAGAACCGUGCCACCAGAGAAAGAAGAGACGUCAAGAAUGAUUGAUACCAAGAAAGACAUGACCCAAGCACAACCGCAAGAGAAAGAUAUUGAGCCUGUCGCUGAUCUCACCCCAGAAGUGAUCUUGAAGGACCCGACGAAGGAAUAGUUUCAGUCUUUCCACCUUAGUGUAUUUUGUACUGAGUUUUCUGGCUCUUGAUCCUUAUGCUCCUUCCCAUAGGUGACAGUUUUGCAUUAUUGCAUAAGUAUAUAGACGUUCUAUUCCUCCGUGUUGGUUGGCAAUGCACGGCCAUACGUGUGAUAAUACUGUAUAUCUAACAUCCAUGGCCUGAUAUAUGCAUAGGACGGGUUGGGUCGGAUUCGGACACCAGACGUUUUGACAUAGGUAUGGACCAACCGGUAUCAGCACGACCAUAUAUCCGGAGCGACUGUUUCCCAAGUGAACCUUUUUCUUCAAAAAAGCCAAUGAUUCGAAUAAUAAUUGUUUUCUUUUAG